CAUUCGUCUCUAAGCAACGCGUAAACAUCGCGAAGCAGGCAGCAAGUCCUGCGUGUGAAGGAAUUAGCAUUUUCUGUCUGAAACUUUUACAAAAUGCCAUCGACUAGAGAUCCUUUCCCUUUCCCAAAAUAUGAAAAUGACGACAGUUUCAUGGGAAGAGCAAAACGAGAGAAGGUUUCAGAGUUUUCUAAACCAACUCAUCUAGCCCAGCAGGAGGACCCCUGGAAUCGCCUAAACACCACUGCCACGCUUUCAAGCUCUCGCAGGGAGGUCUACCACUUUGACCCUGAGGCACCCAGGGACAAUUUGGAUUUUGUUCUGAAGACAACAUACAAUCAUCAUGAGGAAUUGCUUAGAGAUAAAAAUCAGACUGUUAUACAGAAGGAAACUGUUACUGAGGACCAUGGGAGGAUUUUGAAGAAUCGUGUCAAAGAAGUUCCUUCUCCCACUGAAGCUGAAAAAUAUGCAACAAGGCUGUGGGUGAGCCCUGCAAAGCAGUCUAUUCACAACAUUGGGGGAGCAAUAGAAAGUCAUCACAGUGCUUCCACGAACAGGGGUUAUUCAAGGAAACAUGACGGAGGAUUCUACUGCACCUAACAGUCCUGUAUUUUGUGGGUCUUCUUCUCACCUUAUAUAACAGAAAUCAAUGCAAGAUGCCUCCAGCAUUAAUCCAGUUUUAAAAACAAUACAAUGUAACAAGCAAUAGUCCCCUUUCACUAUUAACAUACCACUGAAAAAAAACAUGUAACACCAGAAUAACUGGAAUUAGUUUUGUAAUGAAUUCUGCAUUCAAGAAGGAAAUGUACAAAUAUACAAUAUUGUGAAACAUUUAAUAAAGCAUCUUAAAAUAAA